CAUGAAACUUGGAACUUGUACUGAGUGGUUAUUCUUUCAUCUUUGGAAAAAGAACCCAAACUCUGGUCAUAGUUGUAAUGGAGUCUUCCUUGCAGAUACUGUUAUUUAUAGAUGGGCAUAACCUUACUUUAGUAAUAUACAUAUUCAUAAUAAAAGGAUAUUUCACAGCGUAGAAUGGAUAAAUAAUUAGAAAAACUAAGGAAAGAGUUUUUAUUGAAUAAGUUGAAUAGGCUUUUUUAUAAGAUAACACUGUUGCUGUUUUACUAACUAGUCAAGUAUUUAUAUUUAACUACUUUAGGCAUAAUCUAAAUAAUAAGAAAUAAUCAAUUUUGAAUACUUUGAUAAAGAGAACUUUGGUAAAUUCUUAUAUUAAAGAGAAAAGGAAUUAAAUUCCAUUCUUUAAAAGUAAACCAUUUUACUCAAAAUUUAGGUUCAUCUAUCCUAAAAGUGAUCAUAAUUCUAUGAUUAAAGUAACUUGGUCUCCUCAAUUCUGUCUAAUCAACAGAAAAACUAAUAUCAACAAUAUGAAUGAUUAUAAAAAACCAUUAUAUGAACGAGUUAGUACUUUUGAUGGACCUGAAUACUUGUCUGUUUCAGAUUCCAUUAGUUCACCAUUAUUGAGUUCUGAUCUAGAAUAGUUAUGUGUCAAUAUUGUUAAACAUGUUUAAGAAGUCUCAGGUGGAAACAUAUAAAUUAUUAGAAUGGUUUUAUAUUUCAAAGUUGAUUAAGAUAAUAGAAUCUGGUUGAUGUUUUGUACUGGUAUUAAAGUUAAAGAUAAGUUUUCAACUCAUCCUGAAAAAAAUAGAACAGAUUCACCAUUAUUUAAAAUUAUUAGAAGAGAUCUUGAACCUGUCAUUACAGGUACUGAAAAUGUUCAAAAAGUCGUUAAAUAUAAUAGUGAAGGAUAAAUUGAAGAGCUAUUGUAUUAAAUAGAAAAUGUCUGUUCUAAUUGCGAUUUAUUUGCUUCAGAACUUUAUCAAUUAUAAUUUGAACAAAUUAUUGAAAGCUUCGAAAGAGUAACAAUCAAUUAUAUAUUAAUAGUCAUUAGUAAGUAAUGAAUUCACUAGGCUACCAGAAGAUUUGUAAAAAAUUAAAAUAAAAAAUGAUAAAAAAAGUGAAUUACUUAAAUUGAACUAAAAUAUUAAAACCAGAUCAAAACAAUUUAUACAUAAAGGUACUAUGGUUCAAAACAUUUAGAUUAUUAAUUGUCCAAUUAUUUUGAAUAAUAAUCAAAUUAAUAAAUUUCUGGUACUUAAAGUCAAUAAGAAAUUUUGGUUGAGAAAUAUAAACUUGUAAAUAAUUAAAAAACUUAUGAUUAAGUUCAUGCUGAAAUUUAAGAACUUUGUCGAUAUUUAGAUGAAGAAUAAGAAGAUUGUAAAUUAAAUUUUAAAACUGUCCCUGCUUUAAUCUUGAAAGUAUGGGGAAAAUUAUCAGAAGAUAAAUAUAAAUUAUUAAAGUUUAAUCCAAGCUGGAGAUAAUUAAAAACUUAAGUUUGUUUGGAUUGCUAUCUCAAAUAUACUGAAUGCUGUAAUCUUACUUAAUUUGAAAGAAAAGUGUAUAAAUAUUCAAUCUAAUUAAAAUUAGUAAGACAGCUGCUCAAAAUUUAAAAAAAAAAGUAGAAGAUUAAUAAGCCAAUAAUAUUCUCUUGCAAAAUACCUUACUUGAGAUUAAUAAAAGCAAUUUUACUUAAAAUUUUCAUUCAUCGUUGCCUCCUGUAAUUGAAUAAAGAACCGUUACAAAUGGUGGAAAAGUAAGUGUAGCUAAAACAGCAAAUACCUAAUAAAGAUCAACAGCUUUAAACACUCCUCCUUAACCACAUCAAAAUACAUUAGAAGCCAUGCCUUAAUUUUUUAACAAAUUUAUGAAUUAAGAAGUUAAACCUAAAAAAGUUCCAACAACUCAAAAAGUAUAUAACUAAUAUUAUUUUAGAUUUACCAAAAUCGAUAAGGAUUGUAAAUGUCUUUAAAUCAUUCAAGUCAAUCAAGAUCAUCUCGUUCUACCUAAGAUUAAUCAAAAAUCUCUUUUGAUUACAUGAUUACAACUGUUUCAUAACUCAAAAAGAAAUUAUAAGAAUUGGAAGACGAAGAAUAAUCGUAAAAAAACUAACAAACUUAAAAAUAACAAAUUUUAUAGGAUUAAUCAGAGUAAGCCUCAUUACUAUAAAACAGUAAAUUAUUUCAAAUGAGAUCCCAACCAAAUCAAUGA